AUGGAAUUGUCUGAGAAUGCUAUUACCAAGCCAAAUCGUACUCGCUUAACGCUUAUUAUGGUUGGCAUUUGUCCGGCAGUUUUCCUUACAGGCAUGGAUCAAACCAUAUUAGCUACGGCAAUCCUUGUCAUCAGCGUCGAGUUCAACACAUCACAAGAUAUUGGAUGGUGGGCUAAUGCCUAUCUUCUCACUCUGAGCGCCUUUCAACUGUUCUAUGGUAAACUUUACAGCCAUUUUCCCAUCAAAUUUGUUUACCUUGUCGCUAUUGUCAUCUUCGAGAUUGGAUCCCUUAUUUGUACAACAGCACAUUCCUCCAUAACCCUGAUUGUCGGUCGAGCAAUUGCUGGACUGGGUGCUGCUGGGCGUGCUGCGUACUUGGGUAUCAUGUCCGCUGCAUUUGGAUUGGCAGCUAUCCUUGGACCGUUCUUAGGAGCUGUUAUACUGCAACUGACUACAUGGAGAUGGUGUUUCGGCAUUAACUUGCCGUUAGGAGCAGUAACGGUAAUCUUGUGCGGCAUCCUUGUACACACACCAUCAGAUCCAAGUGCACAAUCACUCAGUCUCGUGCAAAAGGCACUACAGCUUGAUAUUCCUGGAACUGUAUUCAUGGUUGGAUCUUUGAUUUGUCUCCUCAUGGCUUUACAAUGGGGUGGCGCUGCCUAUCCUUGGAGUGAUGGUCGAGUCAUCGCUCUUUUUGUCGUAUCCGGUAUCCUCGCUAUCGCUUUUGUAGCUACGCAAGCGACAAAGAUUGCCGGAAAGGCUCACACAAUUCCAAGCAGCUUGGCGCUUAGUGUCUAUGUUGCCAUUUUGUUUCUACCUGUAUGGUUUCAAGACGUUCGUGGCCGAUCACCUCUUUCUUCGGGUGAACUGUUGACACCGUUGAUCGCUGGUUACGUUGUGGCUUCAAUCUUGGCUGGAGGCAUUACCAGUGGCUUCAAGUAUUACAAUCCAGCCAUGAUCAUUGGAACUGCACUCUCGAUUGCUGGAGCUACUUUACUCACUACCAUCAACCUACAUUCUUCUACGGCAAGGAUUGUCGGUUUUCAACUUUUGUACGGCUUUGGGGUUGGAUUUGAAUUUGGUCAGCCAAGUUGUAUCGUCCAAACACUGUUACCGGAAAAAGAUGUUCCCAUCGGUGUGACAUUUAUAACACUUGUCCAAAAUCUCUGCGCCUCAGUCUUCGUGACAGUAGCACAAAGCAUUUUCCAAGGGGAAAUGCACAAGCGUCUUGAACCACUUUUGCCACAAUCUUCCAACACGUCUUCUAUCUUGCUGUCUGCAUUACCCAGAAUCUUGUCAUCGUUACCAUCAGAGACUCAAGAGACAGCAAAGAUCGCCAUUAGCGAUUCCAUAAUUCGGACAUUUUAUGUUCCUAUGCAAGACGCUGCCAGACAAGAUCUUGUUAAAGAAGAUACAUCUUCUCCAGAAGAGACCGCACAGGACCAGAAUGGAAGAGAAGGUGUGAAAGAAAAUGAAAAGCAGGUUGAAAAGCAAGAUGUGAACAUCACUACAGCUUAG